AUUCAAGUCUUUAUCGGUACCUUGGUCGAUCGCUUUAGGCUAAAUUGGGUUCACUCAGCAAGACACUGCGACUUACAGGAUUAAUACAAGGACGGACGCCGCACAGCACUGCUUAUACUGAAAGCGUAAUGUCAUUGUCCUUUAUUUAUUAGUGAAAGCUUCUUCGGUGGAAAGCUUUUCGUGGUUAAAGUCUGUCUCGCAAGGUGCUUCGCAACACCAGCAACAUGGAUACGGACGCUGCUACUCGACAAAGCACAUCAGGGCUAGAAUGGAAGCUCCAUCCACUUGUCCUUAUCAACAUAAGCGAUCACCACACGCGUACCCGGGCAAACACGCCAGCAGCGUCCGCGCCUGGAGCGCCAGCACCAGCAGUUAUGGGCUGCCUGCUGGGCAGCCAAAGCGGUCGUUCCGUGGACAUACGUAACUCGUUCGAAGUCCGCUACACCACAGGCGCAGAUGGCUCGAUCGAGGUUGACAUCGCAUUCCUCCUAAAGAAGCAGGAGCAAUACAAGCAGGUGUUCAAGCAGCUGGAUGUGGUGGGGUGGUACGCCACCGGGUCAGCGGCCAGUGAGGCGCACAUGGCCUGCCACAGGAGGAUCUCCGAGGUGGUGGAGGGCCCCGUGUUCCUGCUGCUCGACCCCGCCGUGGAUCACUCGCGCAAGGACCUGCCCGUCACGCUGUACGAGACAGAGCUCCACCUGGCUGCCGACUCGGGCGCCCCCGGCCUCAUGUUCGUGCGCGCGCCGUACACCAUCGAGACCAGCGACGCGGAGCGCAUCGGGGUAGACCAGGUGGCGCGCAUCCUGCCCUCGGGGCGGGCGACCGGCUCGGAGCAGUUCAGCGCGCAGCUGGCCUCGCUGCACUCCGCCAUCAAGAUGCUGCUGGAGCGGUUGCGGCUGGUGCACGGGGCGCUGGGGCGGCUGACAGCGGCGGGGGCGGAGGGGGGAGCAGCGGCGGCGGGGGCGGUGCCGUACCCGCACUCCUUGUUACGGCAGGUGUCGAGCCUCAUCAACAGCCUGCCCGCAUGUGACACGGAGGCGUUCAACCGGGAAUACCUCACGGAGUACAAUGACACGCUGCUGACGCUCUACCUGGCCGCAAUGACCCGUGGGACUCACACCGCCAAUGAGAUGGUCGACAAGUUCUGUCUCGCGUACGACAAGGGGGGCCGCCGCCGCGGCAUUUGAGUACGACAAGGGGGGCCGCCGCCGCGGCAUUUGAGUACGACAAGGGGGGCAGCGCCGUUUCGGCAUCGAGAGCGCGUUAUGAGUACGAUGUAAAUUGAUAUCUGUGGGUCAUUGGUGAUGUGGGGCCGUAUGGUGCGGGGCUUUGGGAAGGGGGUUGCAGCUAGGGGAGCGUGGUCGUGGUGUGCGGUGUUAGGGGAACAGGGGAUGGUUUGGGUAAAUUGGAAAUGCGGGGGUGGGGGCUUUGGGAAAGCCUUUUUAUGCGAUGCAUCACUUAUAGCUUUGCGGCUAGUCUUUGUUGUGACGCAUAGGUGGGAGUGUAGAUGGAAGCGACUGAAGGGGCCAUCAUUGCGUGCUGUCAUGCAGUAGCAGCGGAGCAGGGGCACUGAGGGGUUUGUACGUUUCGGCGUACCGUUAUGUACGAAACACAUGAGCGGUAAAAGAGUUAUGCAUUUCUUGCACGGUCGUUUGCAGGGGCGUCAGUUAGUACUGCUAUUGCUGUCGUUGUAUGCGUGUGCAGGAUGGGAGGAGCUGGGCUAUGGUAAAGAGGAGUGUAAGAUUUACAAGGAGC